AUGGAGACUCAUGUUUCCCAUGUGAAUUCAGAGGAACAUGUUGAGAAUCAAGAUCCAGAAGCUGCGCCAUAUGGAAACUUCAUCAACUAUGACACCUUCAACCCACCAGAGUAUCGAGUCAGUUUGAUAUCAGAAUCACUGCUUGAACACAUUGGAUGUGGUUCUGACAGCAGUCAAACAGUGUUGAUACUGGAUGUGGGGUGCAACUCAAGGGACCUGUCUGUUGCUCUUUACAAGCAUCUAUUACAUGAUCAAACCUCUGGAAGUGACUCUUCAAAAAGAGAAGUUCACGUGCUUGGAUUUGACCUGGACCAAGAUCUCAUCCUUCGUGCACAGAACUCCAACCCCUUACCUCAGGAUAUCCAGUUUAUCCCUCUGGAUAUCACGGAUGAUGGAGAGAGCCAGACAGUGCUGGAGUCUUACCUAGAGAGAUUUGGAUGUGCCCGUUUCCACCUGUGCACCUGUUUUGCGGUGACUAUGUCUCUCCUCUCCAGACUUGCAUCUCUUUGUGAGUUUCUGCAGUCAUGGAACUGUUACCGCCCUGCUGCACAGCAGUUACACAAACUUGGGUGCAGUGACUUUGAACACUUCGAGACUCUUGCGAUUCAUGGCGACAUGGCAGCACAUGCUUAA